AUGUGUAAUCAUAGAGGAAGUCGCCUGUACCGGAAGUUCGUCAGUGCUCUCAUUAAAAGUCAUUCAGUGGUUUCUUGUUUCUCCCUCAAACCACGUAAAACAUAUAAAACAUUUCUUCUACGUUGCACAUAAAACUCUUUGGAAACGGUACCGUGUGACCAAUAACAUCAAGAUGACAGAUUCAAAAUAUUUUACCACCACUAAAAAAGGUGAGAUAUUUGAGCUGAAGGCUGAAUUAAACUGUGACAAGAAAGAGAAAAAGAAGGAAGCUGUGAAGAAAGUUAUUGCCAGCAUGACUGUUGGUAAAGAUGUCAGUGCGCUCUUCCCUGAUGUCGUUAAUUGUAUGCAGACUGAUAAUUUGGAAUUGAAGAAGUUGGUGUAUUUAUACCUGAUGAACUAUGCCAAGAGUCAACCAGAUAUGGCUAUCAUGGCGGUUAACACUUUUGUCAAGGAUUGCGAAGACAGUAAUCCAUUGAUCAGAGCCCUUGCUGUUCGUACCAUGGGCUGCAUCCGCGUUGACAAAAUAACUGAAUAUCUCUGUGAGCCACUGCGUAAAUGUCUCAAAGACGAAGACCCUUACGUUAGGAAGACCGCUGCUGUGUGUGUGGCUAAACUGCAUGACAUUAAUUCACAGUUGGUGGAAGACCAAGGAUUUUUAGAUCUUUUGAGAGAUUUGUUAUCGGAUUCUAAUCCAAUGGUUGUUGCCAACGCAGUGGCUGCCAUAUCUGAGAUUCUAGAUGCUUCACCAAGUGCUCAACAAGUAUUAGAAAUGACCUCCAAUACUAUUAACAAGCUUUUGACUGCUCUCAAUGAGUGUACAGAAUGGGGUCAAGUGUUUAUCCUUGAUUCGAUUUCCAACUUUACACCAAAAGAUGAGAGAGAAGCUCAAAGUAUUUGUGAAAGAGUUACUCCAAGACUUGCCCAUGCUAAUGCAGCUGUUGUAUUGUCUGCUGUCAGAGUGAUAAUGAAAUUUAUGGAAAUGAUGGAACCUCAAAGUGAAUAUAUCAAUAUGUUGGUUAAAAAACUGGCUCCUCCAUUGGUCACUUUACUUUCAGCUGAGCCAGAAAUUCAAUAUGUUGCUUUACGUAAUAUAAAUCUUAUUGUGCAGAAGAGACCUGAUAUAUUAAAACAUGAAAUGAAAGUGUUUUUUGUGAAGUAUAAUGAUCCUAUUUACGUCAAACUGGAGAAACUCGACAUAAUGAUUCGUUUGACCAAUCAUUCCAACAUUGUCCAAGUUCUCUCUGAACUCAAAGAGUAUGCCACUGAGGUUGAUGUGGACUUUGUACGUAAAUCUGUCAGAGCCAUUGGUCGAUGUGCUAUCAAAGUCGAACAGGCUGCUGAGCGAUGUGUUAGCACGCUGCUUGACUUGAUCCAAACUAAAGUUAACUAUGUUGUUCAAGAAGCUAUUGUUGUCAUCAAGGAUAUUUUCCGAAAGUAUCCCAACAAAUACGAAAGUAUAAUUGCUACCCUGUGUGAAAACUUGGACACCCUUGAUGAACCAGAGGCAAGAGCAUCCAUGAUUUGGAUCAUUGGAGAAUAUGCUGAGCGUAUUGAUAAUGCAGAUGAACUUCUGGAAAGUUUCUUAGAAGGAUUUCAAGAUGAAAACACACAGGUCCAAUUGCAGUUGUUAACCGCUAUUGUGAAACUGUUUUUGAAACGCCCCACCGACACACAAGAACUAGUUCAGCAAGUUUUGAGUUUGGCCACUCAGGAUAGUGAUAAUCCUGAUUUGAGAGAUCGUGGCUACAUUUAUUGGCGUCUCCUUUCAACUGACCCAGCUGCUGCAAAAGAUGUAGUAUUGGCUGAGAAACCCUUAAUCUCUGAGGAAACGGACCUUAUAGAACCAACUCUUCUUGAUGAACUCAUCUGUCAUAUUGCCAGUCUCGCUUCAGUUUACCACAAACCUCCAAAUGCAUUUGUUGAAGGCCGUUCAAGUACACGAAAGGCUCUACCACCUCGUUCUACAUCUGGCAGCUUGGUUGAAGAAGCUAACCAAACUAACCAGACAGUGUCAGCUGAUCAAAAUAGUACUCAACCUACAGUAAUUCCAGGAGUUGAUUCCCUCAUUGGUGAUUUGUUAGACAUGGACCUUGCUCCACCUAUGCAUCAACAACAGCAACAACAAAUGUAUUCCACUCAACAAAUUCCAACUGCUGGUGGUGGAAUGGAUAUCCUAGGUGAUGGACUUGAUACACUAUUAGGAACCGGUGUCAGUAGUGGUGAUGCUUUAGGUGGUCUUGGAGAUAUAUUUGGAUUGCCAGCCACCCAGUUUUAUGUACCACCUCAGGAGGUUUGGGUUCCAGCUAUAAAAGGAAAAGGUCUUGAAGUUAGUGGAACAUUUACACGAAAGAAUGGUCAAAUAAUGAUGGAAAUAACACUCACCAACAAAGCCAUGCAAGCAAUGGGUGGAUUUGCAAUUCAAUUCAAUAAAAACAGCUUUGGUCUGCAGCCAGCACAGUCUCUACAAUUACAAGGUCCCCUGAACCCUAACCAAACAGCAUUCACAUCUCUACCACUUAAUACUGUUGGACCAGUUUUGAAAAUGGAUCCCCUAACUAAUUUACAGGUUGCCAUUAAAAAUAACAUUGAUGUGUUUUACUUCAGUUGCAUAGUUCCAAUGCAUAUCUACUUUGUUGAAGACGGUGAAAUGGACAAAAGAGUAUUCUUAGCCACAUGGAAAGACAUUCCAGCUCAAAAUGAAGUGCAGCAUACCAUAAAUGAUGUACAACUCAAUGCUGAUAUGGUUUCCCAAAAACUUAGAAACAACAAUAUUUUCACUAUUGCCAAGAGGAAUGUCGAAGGACAAGAUAUGUUGUAUCAAUCACUCAAACUGACCAAUGGCAUCUGGGUAUUGGCAGAGCUUAAAAUACAGCCUGGAAAUCCUAGUUUCACUACUACUUCUCCGCCAAUACAAAAUACAUGUCAAGUGCAGCUGUCUCUGAAAGCACGUGCGAUGGAGGUUUACCAAGGAAUGCAACUUGCAUAUGAAACUAUUUUGCACAAUUGAAAGUUCUUGUGAAAUAUUCCAAAAGACAUGUUCUUCAAGUGAUAAAAAAAAAAAAAAAUGUUCAAGUGAAAAAAAAAGAUGUUCUUCAAAGUGAAACAAGGGAAAAAGAAAAAUGUAGUUUUUAAACGGGAAAACAAAAUAAAAUCUUUUGUAUAACCACUUUUAAUAGUAAAUAGACCGUGGUGAUAUAUGAUAUCAUUGAAUAGUUACAAACGAGUGAUAUUUCUUUCUUCUCCUACUCCCUAUGAAAUGGUGAUGAUAAAAGAAAUUUUAAUUUUGAAAUAUACCUUAGGAACGGGUUAAUGUUAAAACUGAUUUUAAAAUUUUAUUAAUUUUUUUAUUCAUCUUUCCUGAUUUUAAAUUUAUAUUUCACCACAUUUUAAUUUAAAAUAGAAAUUAUAUUUGGACUGAUUUGUCUUAAGUCUCCCGAAACUUCUACAUGUUCACUACAUGAUAUUAGGGUUAAGUCAUCGAGGAUCCCUUCCUGCUCUCAUAAUAUUAUCCAAUAUUUAAUGCAGAAUAUCAAAUUGUCAGUGAUUUUAAAAUUAAAAUGAAAAAAAAAAAAAAGUUAAGCCUAUCAGUCAAAAGAAUAUCUGUUAUUAAAUCUGUGUGUGUUGUCAAGUUUUAAGGACUUUUUAUAGUAGACACCUUUUAACUAAAAUUUAAUUUAAUAGAUUUAACUGAUAACACAUUUAAUUUGUGGCAAUCUGUGCUCUAUUAGUAAACAUACAAAAGAAAAGUGAAUCAUAUUAUUGUUCCAUUUAGUUUAAAACCUCAAACAAAUUAGUUUUUGUUUUUUAUGGAAAUGAAGUUGGAAAAUUUCCAUCUAUGCCACCCUAAUCUUCUUCUUCCUGUACUUUCCAAUACAUGUUUUAUUAUUAUUAUGAAUGAUGCAUAUUGUUGAA